GGAACCACCAUAUGAUACCCCGUCUAGAAACUUUGGAUAUUCUCCGUACCAAGAUUCUGAUGGGGAUAAUUAUUAUGAACCUCAUGGUGACCAAUAUGACUAUGACCAAUUUGGGCCUAUGUGCGACGAUCAACCUGAUCCACUCGUCGAAGAAAUCCUAAGAUUAGAACAGAAAAUCUUCUAUUUCGACGAACUUUUAUUCGCUGAAGGCUCCUGGUAUGAACCACCCUACUCCCGUGACUACACUUUGUUUGCUGAAGAGCAAAUUGAAGCAAACAAGGUGGCAAUUCGAGAAAGAGCAAAACUUCUUGAGUCAGUCCGGAAGGAAAAGGAGUUUGAGAGGAGAUUAUGCGAAGGAUCAGAAUUGAUGCAGAAAAUGCUGGAUGACUUUCAAAGAGAGAGACUAGAAGCUGAGGAUAAAGCUGAUAAAAUAGUCAAUGAUCUCCGCAAGGCUAUUGAGCUUAAACGCUCCCUCCAACCUCAAGAUCCACAUUUGGAGGAAGUUAAUGCUCAAAAAGAGGCUCUAGAACCUAAUACCAACCCUGAACCAUCCAACCAUCAGGUGCCAGUUCUAGAAGAUUCACCAAGUUCUACACUAUCACAGAAACCCGAGAGCAUAACAACUCUUGCUGGGGCUACUGUGGUGAUGUUACCCGAAUACCCUCCAAGCCAAGUCUCAACCGGCACAGUCGUACAUGAGGUGGAACCAACUGAGGGACCUGACUCAGAACCACCUACGCUCAUUCAAGAAAAGGAGGAGGAAGUUUUGCCUACAGCAAUAAACGACCAUCUCCUUAAUUGUGUUGAAGACACACCUCCAGAGGAACCUGUUCUGGAGGAAGUAGAGCCCACUACCUACCCCCAAGAUCCCAACGUUCAAGAGUCUAAGGAGGAAUCUAUAGACAAGGAAAUACCUAGCACAGAGGAACCAAUAACGUCUGUAGAUAAUCAUGCUUCAUCAGAAGACUUAGACCAAACUUUCUUUGACUCCCUACUUGACGGGUGUGACUAUGUCUGCCCGAACGAUGGCUGGAGCCAAAAGAGUUGGGAUGAACUUCUGGUAAGUGACACUGAAGACUCAUCCAUGGGGGAAAGCACGGUCGUAAUCAUCAAACCAAAAAUGGAUGGUCAGCCUGCUGAAGAUAAGGAAGAAAUCAAUUUCGCAAUCAAGGCUAACGAUGUGGAUCUAUUGUGGAGAUUUUCGCCCCCACCCACCUAUACAGCGUCUCCUCCAUAUACCCUGUUGCCACCAAGCCGCAGGGAUGAGUCAAGGAUCCUGGACCUUGACCGAGCAAAAGUUCCAACAGGGUGGCAUCAGAAGAGAGUCAAAAGGGCCAAACUUUAUGACUCUCGAAUCGGAAAGUCGCGGAAAAAGUGGGGCAUACCUUACAGGUGGAGCGAAGAAGAGGUCUCACCUGGGGAAAACACAAGGUUUCUGCAACCUUCGAGGCUUCUUGAUCCAAGAGUCUUGGUUGAAGUUGGCUACUGAGAGAAUAUUGACUUUAUCAGUAAAGUCUCUUUUUCUCU